AUAGCGGCAGCCGCCCGACACUCGGCAAACUUUACACCGCCGGAGAAAUCCCAGCCACAACGCUCGGGAAGGGCUCGCCUCUCCUCCAAAAAUCGUCUGCGGGUGUUGAGAACGGAUGGCUACCGCGGCAGCAGUCAAGGGUGGCGCGGCGCCCAGCAACAGGGCGGCCGCCUGCAAUAUUUGGGCGCUCGAUCAGAUAUGGAAAGCUCGCAUAGCCCAGGAGCACAGGGCUUACAAGAAAUGGCCCAUGGACUGGGGCUUCAUGGCUACGGAUUAUAAGGAUCUGGUGAAGGACGAAAUUCGGCCUCGGGACGGUCCCAAACUGGAGAUGCCAGAAACGUUACGCCUGCCCCCUAUCACCCCCAUCGAGAAGUACAUCAAGGUGGACAAGUCUCCGCCCUUACCCCGCUCCUCGGCCGGCUACAUCGGCUGGCGGUCGGGCGACAAACUGUACAACCUGGAGAGGUACGGAGGAUACGCGCGGGGGAAGGGAGGCCUGGUCCACCAGCUGAAGUGGCCGAACGAAGGUGUGGAUUAAAAACGACUAACUCUGGACUGUCCACUCCCGGAGAAGAA